UCCAUUAUUGAACAAUUCUUUUUGUGUAAGUUUUAAAUUCGACCCGAUCGUUUUAUCGGUAACAUUUUACUUCAACGUUGGUAAGAUGAACUAUUUCACCCAAAAAGAGAGAGACGGAUGCGGAAAUAUAAAAAUAAAAUACCGCGAUCCUACCGAUACGGGAAGGGUGGUCUCCCAGACGUUCUCCUACCAUCCAGGACAACCCCCGUCUCAAAUUCGCAGAAUUGUCGGGCAUGUCGCGAGCAGAAUCCCAAAAAUUAAAAUCGAAAAAUCACGCGACGAUCACCAAGUGCUUUUGCUCAACGGGUGUCAUUCCGAUAAAGUUUCCGACAUGCAUAACGUGAGAAAAGAAGACUUCACUAUGCUGCAGGGCUCGGUCCAGUGCGAUGCCAACGACAUUACUCCUAGUCCGAGAGGUUCGGAUAGCGGUAUCGAGUCCGAUUGUGCCGAUGGAAAUUUAUCUUGGCUCUUGAAUUACAAGAUACAAGAACUGCCACCGGUUCCAGAUGCAGCAACAGAAACCGUUGAAACGAACAAUAAAACCAAUCCGACGUUUGGGUCUGCCAAGUCUAAUACGAAGCAAACGAUUAUAGAGGAGGAGCAGAAAUAUGCCAAUCAACACCGCUACUCGGGGUCAAAAAAACCGCCGUUUACUUACACCGAACUAAUCGAGCACGCUCUGAGCGAGAAAGGUGAAUUGACCGUCUCUGGAAUCUACCAUUGGAUUUCAGACCAUUUUCCUUUUUACAAGCAAAACGAUGACCGAUGGAAAAAUUCCGUCCGACACAAUCUGUCCAUAAAUCCGCAUUUCCGAAAGGGCGGCAAAGCUGUUCAUGGGGCCGGACAUUUUUGGACAAUUUCUCAGAAAGACGACAACAAAACUUGGAAGAUGAGGCAACGAAUACAGCAAUUUCUACAGUCAACGAACCAAUGUACGAAGGACGCGAAACCGGACGAGCAGGAGGCGUUCGAGAGUGAACUCCAAGCUGCCACGCAGAGCAUAUUGGGAGAAAUCGAGAGUCGGAACUCGAACACCGUGAACGGUGACGAAAUUCACGUGGAAUUUAUAAACGUUACGGAGACACCCAACGGCCUGGAAGACUUUCUAGCGCCGCCCGUCCCGCCGCAGGAUUUGGUGAACGAGUGCGGUCUGGGCGGCGAUUUCUUCAUCACGGAUAUCAAUCCGAACACGUUGGGAUUAAAUUUGGCGGACAACGUGGCAGAAGACAUAAUCUACGAUGAAAUUUCGUUCGAAUAUUACGGUAUGAAAUAGCCCCAGUAGGGUAAAAUCGGUGCAACAAUUUUACCUAACGGUUUGUAUUUUAUGUUAAUAAUACGAAAUGCGAGAAUGGAGAAGAAACGAAAGAAACAAAUCUGAACGGCAGAUUUUUAUUAUUACCAGAUAGAUACCUAUUGUAUACAUUUUAGAGAUAAUUUCUAUACGAUGAUGAAUAUUUUUAUAACUUUGACCAUGGCCUUGGAAAGUGUAAAUUUUAUUCCAAUAUUAUAGGUUGUACUUAUUGGAAAAUACAACGUGCCUUUUUAAAAAAAAUUGUAAUCAUUAACGUCCGCAAACCUUA